AUGGCUGUAAAAAAAUGUUGCGUUGACAACUGUAACUCAUGUUCUACAAGAAAGGAGGAUAAAGGUGUAACAUAUCACAAGUUCCCAAAAAACGAUACUUUACGUGACAUUUGGGUAGCUGUUACACAUUACAAACACACUGACACAGAGUUGCCGCACUUUGUGUGCUCACGGCAUUUCUGUAAAAAUGACUUUCAAAGUUACAAGGACUCUAAAUACAAAUUGAAACCAGACGCAGUCCCUUCAAUAUUUCCAUGGGAUUCCGAUACUGAGGAAGAAAUGGAAGACAUAAGCGCACCGGUUGAAGGUUUCAGUGCGGACUGUGAAGUUGAGAAUGUUGAUGCAAUUAAAAAGUUUAUAGAAGCGCAAGAGAAGGAAUUACAGGAGCAGAAACUGGCUGACUUUGAGAUUAGUGAGAAAAGUAAUGACACUGCGGAUAGUGCUGCGCCAUGUCAUAGCGAGACUGUGUGUGAGCCUGGCUCUGUGAUGGGCGUGAUACACAGCGAGUCUGAGACUGAUGUAGACAUCUCUAAGAAAAAAGAUGUUGCUAGUAAACAGUUAUUAAGUCCAGUGGACAAAGGUAACAACAGUACUAUGGCCCUCUCAAUAGGUUCAAAAGUAGAAGCUAAAGAUUUUGAAGAGAAAUGGCAUGCUGCAGAAAUAAUAGAAGUUGACUAUGAAGAGAUGGAAGUACUUAUACAUUAUGAAGUUGAUAGAAAGAAACACGACGAAUGGAUAAGCGUAAGCAGUCCUCGUCUAAGGCCCUUCAAUGAGGCCUCAACCAGUAGCAGCACAAGUUCAACCACAGUCAAACCUGGGCCCAGUUCAGAAGAGAGUCUCACAGACACACUGCCUAUAUCUUCUCUGAAAGAAGAAGCGAAAGAUAUAAAGACAGAAGAGAAGAUUAAACUGACUUACGCCGUAGGAGAGCGAUGUCUUGCAAGAUGGCGGGAUAACCGACGGUUUAUUGCCACUAUUCUGAAAGAUCUGGGGGAUGGCAAUUACGAAAUUGUUUUCGACGACGGUUGUAACUGGACGUGUAAUACGUCUCGGUUGCACAAGCUGCGCUCGAAACAAGGAAGUGGCACACCGUCCGCGCCCAUUUCACACGGGGCGGGGCCAUCCAACGCGAACACACAGACGGCCUUCCACACACACCUAUUUGACCCUACAAGAGAUUAUUUAGGCUCAAAAAGCGAACGUCGCGAAAUGAAGCGCAAAUUAAACAUAAAAGAAAUAUUUAAUAUAGGACAGAAAAAGUCUCGAAAGCAGAAGAUUCCGGAUGAAAAACCACAUAAAACUGUGGAAAGGAAACCACGGGUUUUGAAAAAGAGGCGGGAGCGGCCCGUCAAGUUGAAGCUUGAGAGCGAAAUUAAGACGGAAAUUAAAACCGAUGUGCCAGCAGUAGAUGCGGUAGCUUCAAUCAUUGGUACUGUAAGCAAAGAAGAAACAGCAAAUAUAGAUGUUAAAGAAGAUGAGAAGCAAGCCGAAGAAACGCCGGAGUCAGUACAAGAGGAGAGUGAGAAAGAAGAAGUACAACCAGAACCUACUGAUGAUAAAAAGAUAAAGAUUGAAACAGAAGGUUUAAGGCUUAACUCCACUGAAGAAUCAAUUAAACAAAAUGACAAUGAAGAUGAUCUUAUACAGUUAGAAGAUCUAAAAGGCGAACUAGACCCACAGCCUGGAAUUACAGUUGUGCAAGUUUUAGAUGAAGAAGUUAAAUUAGAACAGUUUGAAAAACAAGACGACGUGAGACACGAAGAAGUAAUAGACAGAAUCAAAGAAGCUAUAAACAAACUAGAAGAUGGAUUGAGUCAAAUAGAAAAGGUUAACUCGCCUAAAGUAGAAUUAGAAUUGAAACAAGAAAUAUUUUCACCAGAAGUGAAACCAACUCCGGAAGUUAUAGAAGAAGAAAGUGACAAGAUAGUAGAAGAACCAACGGAGAAAGAUAAGAAGAAACUAGCAAAGGUUAAGAAAGGAAAGAAGUUGAGAUUAUUGCGGGAGAAGAAAGUAAAGAAACAAGUGGAGAUAGUAAAACAUGAACUAGAACAGAUGAGAAAACAGAUGUCUGAGAUGCGGAAACAGAUACUAAAGAGACCGGACUUAGCACAUAUAGCGCCGGGGUCCAUGUUGCCUGAAUCCUUCCUGUUGCCUAAUGAAUGGUGUUGCCGAUGGGUCAAUGGCCAGCCCCUUGGUACCGUCAGUGAGAUCGAGUGCGAGGUUAAACAACAAGAGCCUGGCAGUAAGCCACCUCUACCCAGGAGAAGUGUACAGGUUGAAGACAAGCGAUUACCUGAAGGUUGGACGAAACACAUGGUUCGUAGGAGCUUUGGGAAUUCUGCGGGCAAGUGGGACGUCGUGUUAGUUAGCCCCGACAACCGACGGUUCCACACGAAGAAUGAGAUGCGAAUGUAUUUGGAGAACAACCCAUCGCUAAUAAACGAGGGAUAUGAACACGUGUUGACGGACUUUGGCGUGCACCUAAAGUUGGCGCGUCGUAUGGGAUGGAUCACUCACACCGAGGAGGAAUUGCCCUCCGCAGCGCCCCUCCCCGCCGGCACGCUCAGCUGUACCUCCCCGCUAUACAAACGUAAGAAACUCUCUCUUAAGAAGAAGAGAGAUGGCAAAGAAAAGAGACCUAAGAUUACCAUCAAGAUGAAGGUGCCAAAGGAUCGUCCACCAUCAGAAGAUCCCGUCUCUUCUCCAAGUUUACUAAGUGGCAAUGAUAAUUCUCCAGCGCUAGAACCUGCAAUAGAAGUUCCUCCAUUAGAAGAUGGAUAUGUGUACGUCGGCUCAUUAAAAGUUCAAAUAAUCGAGAAUCUCCUCCGAUGUCCAGCAGAGGGCUGCUUCAAGAACUUCCGAAACAACACUCUAAUACAAAUGCAUAUCAAACACUAUCACAGAGAACUGCGAAAGAUGUUGGGAGACACACCGAAAGUUCUAGACCUCGCGUACGCAAGGACAAAGCAGCCCAUUGAGUUAGAGAGCCCAAGAGUUACCAACGACAAGGUGAUCAAAGUGAAGAUACCGAGACCUCCGAAACGGGAAGAGCCUAAACAAGAAGUGAAAGAAGUGAAACCAGAACCUCAAGUAGAUACAACACCAGUUGCUCCAGUGAAGGAGCCUGAACUACCAAUACCAAGGAGUCAGGAUUCGCCCAAGCUUCGGCAGGCUUUAAGCAACAAGCCAGUGAAGAGACCGCGGGUGUUAUUGCCCGUUAGAAGACCUGAUCCAGAGCCAGUAUUGCCUGAACCAGUAAACGAAGACGUAGAUGUGGAGAACACAGAGAACAUCGAGCCUGGCAUUGAGAUGCCAUCUUUGAACAUGGAAUUGGACUUUGAGAGUGCGAUAUCUACGCACACAGUCACCAAGCCUGUUACUGAGAAGAAGAGAAAAGCUGAGAAGAGACGUAAGACCUUUGCUUUGGCUGCUAAACGGCCGGCAAGUGAGGAAGAAGACUGGUUGGGAGCUAAUUCUGACUUCGACACGCGGUCAAGCUUCCCGCGGUCAGGAACACCCGACUCUAAAGCCGACCUCAAGGUCGCGCCGGUGUCUUCUGAGUCUAACGAGGAGAAUAAGGACUCUAAUAUGUAUAUGUAUACUGAGAACGGCGAGCGUAUAAAGAUAGUGCACAUGAAGCGCGAGGAGAUAAUAAACUGCCACUGCGGGUUCCGCGAGGAGGACGGACUCAUGGUGCAGUGCGAGCUCUGUCUCUGCUGGCAACACGCGCUCUGUCACAACAUACAGAGGGAGUGCGACGUCCCCGAAAAAUACACAUGCAGUAUAUGCCUAAACCCUCGUCGAGGGCGUAGAUCCCAGCGCUUCCUUCACGACCAAGAUCGCAUGUACGAAGGCUUACUACCGGGCGGCAAACCAUGUGAGACAUUACGGCGCUCUCACGAACUCGCUGGGAAUCUACUGCGCAUUGAGGACGCAUUACACGCACUCAGAGUCAAGUACUAUGUUGCUACCAAAAAAGACCACCCCAAGUUAUACCUAUGGGCCAAGGAUUGGGAGCAGCUUGAGAUUCAGAACACGCAGGAGAAGCUAAAUUCUGAUUAUUCAGAUCUGAACAUUAUGAUUAAUAUGGACAAGGAGAACAAACCUAUUAAACCGGAAGAUGUAAAGGACAUACAGUUGGACUUAAAGACUCCACCAUCUGAAGAACAAGACCAGGAAAGGUAUACACAUAAGGACGCGCAGCUCGGGGCUCAGUCGCUACUGAGUGGGUUACUGUCGAGUCCGGGCGACGCGUCACUCGACUUACCUAUCAGCACAUCAGAGUUGGAGCGACUCGCUAUAUCUGUGCAAGAGCAAGAAGCCCAACGCGCCAUGAUAGUGGCCCCUCAACCCGAGCCUCCCAUAGAGAACGCGACCUGUCGCCGCCAGCUACUGAAACACUUACAACGCUGCCAGGCACUCAUCGACGCCAGGCUAGACUCCAUCGAGGCGCAGGUUGCAGAACUAGAAUCUCAAGACCCGUCAUUCGAGGACGAUGAAACAGCCGAGUACUGCCCGCGCACCAAGCAGACGGUGCAGAUGCUGAUGCGAGAUCUGGAGACCAUGGAGGAGUUGGGAGUCAUCACGUAG